ACUCCCGGCGUCCAACACCCACCAGCCGUCCGCGCGCCAUGAGCUGGCAGAGCCUCUCGCUCCGGGUCCCGCUGCUCCUGUUGCUGCUGCCCACGCCCCCGGUCCUGGCAGUGGCCUCCGGGGCGCCCGCGCCGGUGAACCCCUGUUGCUCCUAUCCCUGCCAGCAUCAGGGCAUCUGCGUCCGCUUUGGUCUGGAUCUCUACCACUGUGAUUGCACCCGCACAGGCUACUCCGGCCCCAACUGCACCAUCCCUGAGCUGUGGACCUGGCUCCGGGUGACACUGCGGCCCAGCCCCUCUUUUGUCCACUACCUGCUGACCCAUGGACGCUGGCUCUGGGAGUUUAUCAAUGCCACCUUCAUCCGGGAUAUGCUCAUGCGCAUGGUACUCACAGUGCGUUCCAACCUUGUCCCCAGCCCCCCAACCUACAACUCAGCACAUGACUAUGUCAGCUGGGAGUCCUUCUCCAACGUGAGCUAUUACACCCGCAUUCUGCCUUCCGUGCCCCGAGACUGCCCGACACCCAUGGGAACCAAAGGAAAGAAACAGUUGCCAGAUGCUCAGCUCCUGGCCCAUCGCUUCCUGCUCCGGAGGAAGUUCAUACCUGAUCCUCAAGGCACCAACCUCAUGUUUGCCUUUUUUGCACAACAUUUUACCCACCAAUUCUUCAAAACUUCUGGAAAGAUGGGUCCUGGCUUCACCAAGGCCUUGGGCCAUGGGGUAGACCUAGGCCACAUUUAUGGAGACAACCUGGAACGUCAGCAUCAGCUGCGGCUCUUUGAAGAUGGGAAACUCAAAUACCAGGUGCUGAAUGGAGACAUGUACCCCCCGUCGGUGGAAGAAGCACCAGUGUUGAUGCGCUACCCACCGAACAUUUCACCCCGGGACCAGAUGGCUGUGGGCCAGGAGGUGUUUGGGCUGCUUCCAGGGCUCAUGCUCUAUGCCACAAUCUGGCUGCGUGAGCACAACCGUGUGUGUGACCUGCUAAAGGCCGAGCACCCCACCUGGGAUGACGAGCAGCUCUUCCAGACCACCCGCCUCAUCCUCAUAGGGGAGACCAUCAAGAUCGUCAUUGAGGAGUACGUGCAGCAGCUGAGCGGCUACUUCCUGCAGCUCAAGUUCGACCCAGAGUUGCUGUUUGGCGUCCAGUUCCAGUAUCGCAACCGCAUUGCUGUGGAGUUCAACCAGCUCUACCGCUGGCACCCGCUCAUGCCUGACGCCUUCAGGGUGGGCUCCCGGGAGUACAGCUACAAGCAGUUCUUGUUCAACACCUCCAUGCUGGUGGACUAUGGGGUCGAGGCUCUGGUGGAUGCCUUCUCUCGGCAGCCUGCUGGCCGGAUCGGUGGGGGGAGGAACAUAGACCAGCACGUCCUGCACGUGGCUGUGGAGGCCAUCAAAGAAUCGCGAGAGUUGCAGCUGCAGCCCUUCAACGAGUACCGCAAGCGGUUUGGCAUGAAGCCCUACCUCUCUUUCCAGGAGCUAACAGGGGAGAAGGCGAUGGCGGCGGAGUUGGAAGAGCUCUAUGGUGAUAUCAAUGCCAUGGAGUUCUACCCGGGGCUGCUUCUGGAGAAGUGUCUUCCGAACUCCAUCUUUGGGGAAAGUAUGAUAGAAAUUGGGGCUCCCUUUUCCCUCAAGGGACUCCUAGGGAACCCCAUCUGCUCUCCGGAGUACUGGAAGCCCAGUACAUUUGGCGGUGAGACAGGUUUCAACAUUGUCAAGACUGCUACACUGAAGAAGCUGGUCUGCCUCAACACCAAGACCUGCCCCUAUGUUUCCUUCCGUGUGCCCGAGCCCAGCCAGGAGGACAAGUCUAACACAGAGCGACCAUCCACAGAGCUCUAAGGGGACAAAGCAGCAACGUUCUGAAGGAUGGAGCUUUGUGCUUUUUACCCCAAAUUCCAAGGCCAGGCUUGGUAGCCUUAACUGUUGGGUUCCUAGUGUGACAGUGAGACUGUUGGGAUUGACAUUCAGAACUUUUAAUCCCUGACCCAUUAUUUGUGUUCCGGUGGUUUUGUCUGUUCCAUUUUAGAAGAUUGAAUUCCUGGCUUGUCACCAAGAAUGUUCAAAUGGUUCUCAUUCAGCAGGCCGGAACUCUAUGCUCCUGGUUGACAACCAGAAUGUCAAAUUGAGGAUGGAUUUGGAAUGUGGUCAUUUUAUAAUGUAAAGUUCUCACCGAAACAACUAGAAAGUCAGGGGGCUCUUAUUUUGCACUCUAGAAUUGUGGGUGGCCCUCCAGGAUGUGGCCUUUAUGCUUGGUGGCCAGAAAGUUCCUGCUUGAUGAUCUGGAACAAUGGCUAAAAUCCCAUAACCUUCCUGAUCUGAAAGUCUAGGAUGUUGAUCUGACUUACUUUCCUGCUCAGCGAGGUAGGCAUGGAGCAGGAGAAUCCAAUAUCCAACAAGAACGCAUUGCCCGAACCUGUACUGAAGGGCCAAGCAGGUGAGGUGUUUUUCCUGAGACAUCUACUUAGAUCCUGGUCUAGUGAUGCAGAGACAAAAGCUGGACUCUUUUUGUGCCUUUGCUUGGAAACCCCAAAGGCUUGGUCCCCAUCCAGGUCUGGAAUCACGGCAGCUGCUUCUUAGUGGGGUAAUAAAGUUCUCUUUCAAAAGUUG